ACUCCAUUACUCUUCCUUUAUCUCUGAACAGCCCAAAUAAAUCUUUUCCCCCUUUCCUUUCUUCCGUUCCAUACAAAGCUACUCUCGCUCUAGAACCCGUUUCUCUCUCUACGCCCCAAUAGUCUCCGCCGGCGACUUACACCCUCCGGAACGCCAAUUUGCUCUGCGUGUUAUUCCCUCCGGUGAGCCGUCUGAUUUUGCGUGGUUAAUUUUUUGUUCUCGGGCCGAGUCGUGAAUGAGAUGACUCGGCGGUGCUCGCAUUGCAGCAACAACGGGCACAACUCCAGGACCUGUCCCACGCGCUCGUCGGCUACCGGAGGCGGCGCUGGCGGCCCGUCGUCGUCUUCUCUUUCGUCUCCCGGCGUUAGGCUGUUCGGCGUUAGGCUAACCGAUGGCUCGAUUAUUAAGAAGAGCGCUAGUAUGGGGAACUUAUCCGCGCACUACCACUCCUCGUCGUCCGCCGCCGCUUCCCCUAAUCAAGACUCUCCCGUCUCUGAUCAUCUCCGCGACUCGGGUCGCGUAGCCGACGGGUAUCUGUCCGAUGACCCGGCCCAUGGGAGCUCUUCAAAUCGACGCGGAGAGAGAAAGAAAGGUGUCCCCUGGACAGAGGAGGAGCAUCGAUUAUUCUUAGUUGGUCUUCAAAAACUAGGGAAAGGAGAUUGGCGUGGAAUAGCUCGGAACUAUGUAGUGUCUAGAACCCCUACGCAGGUGGCUAGUCAUGCUCAGAAGUAUUUCAUUCGUCAGACCAAUGCCACUCGAAGAAAGAGAAGAUCAAGCCUUUUCGACAUGGUCCCAGACUUGGUAUCUGAUCCACAAUCAGUCCCAGAAGAUGAAGAAUUGCUGCCCUCUUUGCAGGAAAGGGAAAGCGAGAAUAAUAAUAAUAAUCCAGACUCGCUUCCAUCGUUGAAUCUCUCUCUGAAUUCGGAGUAUGAACCGAUGGAAACCACGUCUGAAGAACCUCAUCGUAAGGACGAGGAAUCCAACGAGACCACUGUUAAUGUUCCUGGACCAACUCAAUCAAGUGAGCUCCCGCCUGUAGUUCCCUCGUCAAGUGAAUUCACACCAUUUGGAUUCAUUCCGGCAUUCGUUCCAGUCCCUUACCCAUUCUGGCCUGCUAAUGCGAUCCCUGUGGAGGGAGGGGGAGCCGUGGUUGGGGAAACAUCCAAUCAUCACCAGGUGCUGAGGCCAGUUGCAGUUGUUCCCAAGGAGCCGGUCAAUGUGGAUGAACUCGUUGGGAUAUCUCAAUUGAGCCUCGGAGAUCCCAAGGAGGCGAAUCCUUUGCCGCCGCUGUCACUGAAAUUGACUGCUGAGGCUUCGAGGCAGUCGGCGUUUCACGCCAACACUGCUGCUCCGGUGAACGGUUCAGAUAUUGGCAAGGGAAAGGGAAGCCCCAUUCAAGCAGUCUAG